AUGCAUGCAUGGUAUGAUUUCAGUAUGGAGACAUUUCUUAUGAAUCAUGAUCACGCCAGAGCAUCAGCUGCUGUCAUAAAUAAACAUAUAGCAGAUGAAAUUAAGAUUUUAAAUAAUGACUAUACUAAGUUAAUUCUUGGAGGAUUUAGUGGAGGAGGUAUUACUAACUUCUAUGUACUUUUUGAGUAAAUUCAAAAGAGAGUAGGCUUAAUGCUAGGAAUGGCAUGUUUUCCACCUGAUAAAUUUGUAGACAGAAUAGAAUAACUAUCUUAAAGCAAUGAUUAUCAAUUAAUUCUAGACUAGCUAAGAAAAGUUCCAAUCCAUCUAUGGUAUGGAGAAAAAGAUCCUUUUUUUGUAGGCAAACCCACAAAGACAUUCUUUGAUCGAAUUAUAAAGGCUUGCGAUUUUAAGGAUAAUUUUCAUACUAUCGAAUAAAAAGGAGUCCCACACAAAAUUAGCUAGGAAGGUCUGAAUCAUUUCUAUGAUUUGAUGCUAGCUUUUGUUGAAUCUGAUUAAGCCUUACCAAAACUAUGA